CCUUCGCCCAAACCAAUGCCUCUCUUACCCCCACUGCCUCCGUUAAUAUAUAAUGGUGACCACUCCGCUUUUACAGCUUCUCUUCGCCACUGCAAUCGCAUCGCCCAAAUCAUCAAGGAAGACCCACUACUUCACUGCCAACACUUCCCCAAACGAAGAACCGAGCCCCCAUGCCCAGUCCUGCGGAGAACGAGACCAAACGGCAUAUUCUCAAACGCGACUGGAACCAACAGGGAGACGACUCUGAGAAUCCUGCUACCGGCGAAUUUCCUCGGCCAGAUGUUCAGCUUGGGGUUCAACGGGAGAGAAGGCCGCCUCCACGACUUGGCAAUUCUACAUGCAAAUCCCGGCCUACACCACCUCGUUCUGACGGAGAUGAUCGACACCUUGAGCUGCCUCCACGUCCUCGGAAUAACAGGGAUAAUGAAGUGCGCGACCGGCAGCUUCCACGACACCAUGAAGACGGCGUCCAAUCCCAUGUUGUUCAUGCACAUGGGGAGGUUGACCAGCGGAGCCUUGGGACGCUAAUGCAACCUCCUCGGUCUCGAACAAUUCCGGGUGGUAUUGUUGAUGGACCCGACCCGGAAUGGGUACAUGGGGAGGUUGACUAGCGGGACCUUGAGACGUUAACGCAACCUCCUCGGUCUCGGACAAUUCUGGGUGGUAUUGUCGAUGGACCCAUUUCGGGACGGGCACAUGGGGAGGUUGACCAGCGGAACCUUGGGAUGCUAAUGCAACCUCCUCAGUCUCAGACCAGCUCAGGUGGUAAUGUUGAUAAGCCUACUACUAAGGACGUACGAGCUGCACACGUGCCUGAGAAUACCGCGCUCAGAGCUGGGGUUGGGCCCACGCAUGCUGGAGAGUCCUCACAGAUGCCACGCAGUGCCACACAUGCACAACAUCAACCCGGAGAUGGCAUUGCACGAACUCGGGUGGGAGAUGAAGGAAAGCCGUUCGGAAUCGACAAAGAGAUGAUAAUCACCAAAACAGUCCAGGAGCCUUUUGAUGAUAACACUGACAGCAGUUCUUCUAGGCAGCGACUUGUCACAUCAUCCGUGUCGAGCGGACCUCCCAUGCAGAUCACUAUUUCCAAGGGGCGUCUUCGUUUCCCCCCAAAUGGUCCCCCUGAGAGAAGUGUGCUGCCGGCCAUUCCCAUCCAAGUAGAGGAGAUCUCUGAAUUAGACGAGGAUAGUGCAUCCCAGUCAGAGGAAGGAUCUUCGGAGUCAGGUAGCGCUGAGGAUCCAAACUCUUUGAAAGUUAGAUGUUUUCACUCUACCAGCUAGCAUAGCAGAAGACCUGAAGUUGUCGUUGUGUUUGGUUGGUCCUAACUGCACCCUUGUACUUCCGGACGAAGACGAUGAUCUAGGUGAUCCUCCUUCGAAACUGUUUUUUGGUGUUCAUAUUGCGUCUCUAGAGCGAGGUAUGCAAGUGCCUCUUCAUCCUCUCCUGGUGGCACUCCUUGGGUAUCUCAAUAUAUCACCGAGCCAGAUGGCCCCGUCUGCUCAUAUCCUUAUUGCCGCCUUCAUCGCCCAAUGUGAGCACGCGUCCGUUCAGCAAUUCGUGCCUUUGUUUCACCAUUGCUUCCGCUGGAACCGUCAUAGCCGCAAACUGGAUGACGGUGGAUUUUUGUCGAUCUUCCAACCACGUACUCACAAAUUGUUCGCCCAAUAUCAUGAUAAUAUAAGGAAGAGGCAGAGUAGAUGGUUAUGGGCGUCCGGUCCUCCUGCGUCUUCCAUCACGUUCACCUGGGGAAGAUUGGUGUGCAAACACGGAUCUGUUUCCCUCACUCCCGACUCGAGAAGGAAGUUGACAUUUUAUUCCAAGGAAGCCCUUACCCUAUCGCCCAGUAUUUAGACACGGUAUGCGGGAGGGGCGCCCCGGUUGCCGUGCAGGACGCUACCUCCCAUCCCAUGGAAUCCAACGCGGGCUCAUCUGACGUUGGGGACAAGCGUAUGGCUUCCUCGUCUUCCGAAGAGCUGGUUGCAAAAAAAGGGAAAUGUGCAAGCUGCUCUCUAGGUGGGAAAGGGGAGACAGGUCGACCAGUAUGACCCCAUCUCACCCUAUUUGUUUUCUUGCAGGUAUGCUAGGUAAGACCCAAACAUUUCCCCCCCUGGUCGCGGUGCAGGAUGCUAUGCCCCAGCCUUCGCCGUUUGGUGAAAAUGCGGGUUGGUUCGACGUAGGCAUGUCUGAGGCAGCUGUCGGGGAAAAGCGCGGAGCUUCCCCGUCUCACGUAGGUCAGGUUGCCAAGAAGAAAGGUAGGAGGGGCUCACUCGCUGCCUUGGCCGCAAAGGAAGAUGCCAUGCCUCGGCCCUCGAAGUCUAAUGUCAUUCCGUCUUUUACAGGGGAGAGGUGUAGAGCUUCCCUUGUCAACCAUCCAGUUUCCGCUUCCAUCAUUCCCUCGUCUUCAGAUGUGGCGAGGGCAGCGAGCAUCGUUCCGUCCUUGAUUUCCGGGAAUCGCGAUUAUUUGAUAUCUUCCAAUCUAUUUAACUUGGUGGCACGUUCUAUCCAAUCUCACACAGAGGGGCUGAUGGAUUUAACUACCGCGUUUCAAGCGUUAGAUCGCCAGCGCGAAGAGCUCCAGUACCAGGUUCAGCGUCGGGCAGAGGCUGCCUUGGCUGAGCUCCAGUCAAAGUAUGACCUGCUUCAAUCAAAAUAUGAUCAACUGGAGGCAUCGUCCAUAGACGCGGGGCGUCAGGCGGUUGCGGCGUUCCAAGCUUCCCCAGAGUUUCUAGAGAUUGUCACUUCUAGGAUGGAAGCUCAACGUUCGGAACAGGUUCGAACAUGGAUGGAAACCAAGGAGGGUCGGCUUUGGCGAGAUAAGGAGGUUCUCAUUUCCUUCAGGUGUGGCCGGUAUGACAUGCAGAAGACACUUUAUGACAGGCUGGCCGAGCUUUAUUCCGACUUUCAUCCCGUGAAGUUCGGUUUGCCCGAGAUCAUGCCAGAUCCUGACGAGGAAGAGGAGCAAGAGAACGAUUUGUCCCUUCUGCACUUGGAUAUUCCAGAUGACCUGGAGGGUUUGGCACACGCCUUUGAUUUUGAGACCGUCCUAGAUAAUGUUCCCGAGAACAUGCCGGAUCCCUAGAUCGUAGAUUGUGACUUCUUCUCCUUGUUUUUUUAUUCAUUUACUUAUCUAUUUACAUCCUGCACUUCUGUUUUGCUUCGCAAAUAUACAACUCUGUUGGCAGGCCCUUCAUAGGCUGUUUUGUCACGUAAUCUCAUAUCUAUG